AUGACAAUUGAUUCUAUUCCAUUUGAAAUAGCACAUUGCUCAUCGUUUGAUCAGGAUUAUAAACCAGAAUCUUUAGCAGAGCCCUUUCAAGGUGACAUUCAACGAAUAAGCCAUCGAGGCUGGCAAACACAAAAGCACCCAGAGUAUCCUCAGGAUUUGAUUUUAAGACUAAAUUCAGGUCUCUGCCGUAUUCACAAGGUUGAAAUCUUGUCUCAUCAUUACAAGAUUGCCUCUCAGAUUGAACUUUAUGUUGGCAUUACAAAGGAGCAGGAACAAGAUGCCAUGUAUAUCCAGUUUACUCGACUUGGAUUUGUCAAUCUGGAUAACAACGAUCGGUUUCAAGACAGAGAGCUCAAGUCGAUCAAAAUACAAGCGGAUUGCGAAUACAUUCGAUUAGUGAUGAAAGGUUGCUAUGGAAACAGGCUGAACAUCCAUAAGCAGGUUGGCAUUUUGGCCAUCAAUAUUCUGGGCUUUCCCUUACAACGACAACAACAAGCACAAGAAACACUUGCCUCGGCUCAGUCUCCAGCAGAAGCAACAACAGUGUAUCCUCAUCAUAAGAUUGCAUCUCAGUUACAACAAUCAGAUGAGGAGGAAGAAGAGGAGGACUCAAGAUCUUCACAGAUUCACAAUACAAAUAGUCAUUUCGAUUUAGAGCAUUGGGUACAAGUGAUUCAAAAUGCAGAGGAAGAUGCUGCACAAGAUGAAGAUUACAAGGAAGCUAAGCUAUACAAGGAGCUGGGUGAUAGAUUAACAGGAUUAUGGCGAUUCUUAAUCAACCUAGAAAAUGACAAGCAACAAGCCGUGGCAACCAAGGAUUACGACGAAGCGGACAAAAUCAAGGCUGAUAUGAUUCAGGUCAGACAAACAGCCGAGUCUCUUUUGAAACAAUCUGGUAUCCAAAUCACUCGAGAUGGUGAUAUUCUGCCGUUUGAUACAAUUGAGUAUAAUAGUGAUUUGGAGCAAACAUACUCACAGGAAGAGUAUGAAGAGGGGGAGGAGAGCCGAGAAGAAGAUGUGGGCUUUUUGCACGAGAACACGAUCCCGGAUCUUCAAUCAGCUUCUAUUGAAAAGGAAUCCAAGCUAACAUCGGCUGCCAACACUAGCACAACCAAUUCAAACGAUCAGUUGUUGGACGAGGCUAUUGCUAACUGGACAAGUUUUGACGCACUAUCCAUCAACCAUGGUGAUUCAGCCACGAAUAGCCCAUCAUUGCUAUCAGCUCGCAUUCCAAUCAAUGAUCAUCACAAGCAAGAGGAACCGGCAGUAACAGUACCUGCACCUGAACCCGUCGUCAUUGUGGAUCCAGAGACCAUUCCCGAGCCCUUGACUGCAGACGACCUGGAGUCCUGUGAAUUAGCCAUUGAUCAAUUUGGAGAGGACUUGGUAGCCAAUAUCAUGAGUGUCAAGGUGAAAUGUCGCCAAAACGGGUUGAAUCAGCUCAAUGCUUUGAUUGCAUCUGCGCACGUUGAGGAGAAUCAAUCCAAACAGACCAAAAAGUUCAUUCAUGCGUCUAUUCUCAUGAUUCAAGAGGCCAUCAUGGAUUCAAGAGAGUCUAUUUUUAACCAAGCUAUUCAAUCAUGGAAGCAUGUUCAGGACAUUGUGAUAAAGCACAUGAGCAAAGACGAUCAGCAACUGUAUGCUUGGAUAGAAAAGUUCUUUACGCGUUUAUUGAUGCGCACAAGCGACAAUAAUCCCGGCAUCAAACUUAGCGCCACAAAAACGAUUCUAGACCUCAUUGAGCACUACCAUAGUUUAGUAGCACUGUGUCUUGGAGAGCGCAUGAUCAGAAACAUGAAGGACGCUAAAGCGCGCAUAGACCUGGUCUCUAUCACCACUAAAAAGUCCUUGAUACCACAUCAAUGGCCAGCGGAUGCCGGCGCUUAUCGCAAACAAAUUAUGACAUUUAUUGUCUCCUAUCUCAACAAGCAUCCUCAUACCGAGGUGCGCAAAGCUGCCUGGGAACUGUUGAUGUUGGUUGCACAAUAUCAACAGCAAAGAGAUGCCUCAGAGUUCAAAAAGAUGUGCUUAUUCUUGAAUAACGAUACUAUCCGAUUGCUAGAGCAGGAAUUGAAAAAGCUAAACAACAAGCUCAAGAUAAAGACGUCGACGUCCAGCAGCAUACAAAGAGCAUUAGCCAACAACAACACGAGUAGCACAAAGAAAUCAGGAGCUAGUGGUAGGGACGAUAAGCGCGCAGCAUCUUCCAAGAAGACCAAAAGCAAACAAGCGCAGCAGCAGGCCACCAUUGAGGAGGAAGACGAGAAGACCAAUGAAUGCAUUUUUUGUGAUGAAGUCAAUGAUAGUUUCAAUGAAGACACGCUCAUUUCUCAUUACUAUAACCAAUGCCCUGUGCUGACCAACUGCCACAUGUGCCAAAUAAUUUUGGAAGUAUCCACACUCAAAGAUCACUUGCAAAUAGACUGUGAAAAGAAGCACCUGGUCAAACAGUGCACACAGUGUAAGCAAUCUAUUCCCGUGGAGCAAUGGAAGAAACACACUUUGAAAAAGACAUGUACAGCUACCGCUGAAAACCAAUCCAGAUGUCCCUUCUGUCAACUAGACAUGACUCGAUCCUCAGAAGCUCAAUGGAAAUCACACUUGAUCAACAAAUGUACCAAAAAUCCUCGAAAAAAGCUGACCAAGUAG